GAUGUUUAUUCAUUUUACAGCGGAGCAGCAGCAACAGGAUGAAUCGAUUUUUGUGGAAAAAUCGACAUUCUGUUGAGGAGCUUGAGUCUGAAAUUCUGGAGGAACCAUGGAGGGAACUAAACUGGGAAGAAAAAGAGAAGAACCUUAAAUAUGUGCAGGAAUACAAACCAGAAAAAGAUGACAUCAAGUACCUCCGAGUCCUUCUUUACGGACCAGUUGGAUCUGGGAAGUCCAGUUUCAUCAACUCUGUCAGUAACGUCAUUCGAGGUCGGAUGUCGAUUCCUGCUUUGGCCAGCGCGACCACGUCUGACCAAAGCUUCACCAAAAAGUACGAGACUCAUAAGUUCAUUAAAGGACGAGGAAGCUCAAAGACAUUUUAUCCUCUGGUCUUCAACGACAUCAUGGGUCUGGAAGAUGGAACCGACAGGGGAGUUCAUGCUGACGACAUCAAACUGGCUUUGGAGGGUCAUGUGAAGGAAGGCCACAAGUUCAACCCAGUUGCUCCAAUAUCUCAGGAUGACCCAGGUUACAACCCGACCCCCUCUGCUGAUGACAAAGUUCAUGUCCUGGUCUGUGUGAUGUCAGCCAACACUCCACAGAUGAAAUCAUCGAUUCUGGAGAAAAUGAAGAGCAUCAGAGAAGCAGCCAGUGAGCUGGGAAUUCCUCAAAUGGCCAUGAUGACGCGUAUAGAUGAAGCCUGCAGUGAAACUCAGAAAGACUUGAGGAAAGUCUACAAGAGCAAGUACCUGAGAAAAAAGAUGAGAGACUUCAGCUCAGCAGUGGGAAUCCCCCUGAACUGCAUCUUCCCUGUGAAGAACUACAGUGAAGAAAUCGACUUGAACGAUGAUAUUGAUAUGUUGAUCCUCAGCGCUCUGAGGAAUAUGAUCAACUUUGGAGACGACUUCAUUGAGAAGAUUUAAACUGAGGAAACAGUUCAUGUGAAGGACCUUAAAUAGCCAUGUAUGCAAAGAGUUUGUACAAAUAUCUUGCUUUGCCUUUUUUUUUUUUUUUUUAGCAAUUUCAGAUAGCAUAAGACGCUGCUAUGCAACAUGAUACAAUGUUAAGCAUGUCUGGCCUUUUGGACUCAGUGGAGUUAGAUGUCAUUUUGAGAUUCAGUAUUCUGUCAGACGUUUUAAUAAACUUCAUUAAUGUUACCUAUUAAACUUGUCGGUUUCAUAACUCUUGGUUUCUAUCCAAAGUAGAGAAGAAACAAAUAGCAAAUGUUUUGCUUUAAUUUGGUAAUGUGAAGAAGCCUGGUUUACAA